ACCAUCUGUCAUGUCAUUUGUCAUAACCUGUGUCAUAACAUUACUUGUUUUGGGGCGUGCCAAAGCCAUUUAAAUUUGAUUUAAUUUUUAUGUUUUUAUAUUAUUUUCAUUAUGGUCUUAUUAAACUCGUGCUGGGCCCCAUGCAUCUGGACGGACAAUUUGAAAACGGGGUGCAAAGCCAUAUCUUUUUAUACACUUACAAUUAGUAUAGUUUUAAUGACUUUUAUCAUAUUUAACAUGACUGGGGGCGACUCUACUCAAUUGUACAACCCCCUGUUUGAGGCUGACGUUAGAUAUUCUAUGCAAGUGGUUGGAAGCUGUAUGCUAGUCUAUUUUUGUUUGUUGAUAAUCUCUGCUGUUUUACUUGUAUUUGGUCUAAACGUAAUGAUCAGAGGAUUUAUGCUGCCGUGGAUGGUAUUGUUUGGUGUUGCUGUGUUGUUUCAACUGGUUUUUGGCCUAUGGCUGCUUGGAGGAUAUUACAUAUAUAUUGAAACAGUUUUCUAUACACUAAUAAUCUGGUGUUGGAUGGCCUACAAUAUAUAUUGUUGGUUGGUUGUUUACUCGCAGUAUUCUAUAUUUUUGGAAUUGCAGUCGGCCAAUAUUGAGCUUUUAUGGCCGUCAGGAUUUUUAAUAUUAGCAGACUAGUAUUAUGUAAAUAGUAGGUUUUUGUAUUGUCUAUUUAUUUUUGAUAUUUUACAGAUGUUUCUGUCACUUUCUUUUUGAAUUGUAUAUUUUUUUACAAUGUAUUUUAUAUGAUUAGCAACAUGGCAACAGAUUUAUUUUAAAGGUGAAAAUACUUGAAUUUUGUUGUAUAAACUACCUCCGACUGCCUCCAAUAAAAUAAAUCUCAAUAUGCACAGUA